CUACGCGAUUGGGAUGCUUGUAAUGUCAUACGCAAAUGGCAUAUUUUGAGCAAGUUCUUAACAAAUUAGGUUGGAACGAUGGUUUCCAGAUUCCGGUGGCGAACGAUGAAAACAAAGCCUUGGAAGCUGAACUGGCGAGACUGUCUUUGCAUAAAAUCAAAGCAAAGAACGUGCUGGAAAACCUAAACAGCAAGGUAGAAAACCUUAAACGCCACAAUAACCAUGUGUCCCACGAAAGCGAGCAGAUUCAAAAGUUGUUAAUGGCCUACAAGCAACGCUUGGAUGCGGAAAAGAACAACUUUCACGUAAUGAAAGCCGAGAAAAGCAAAUCGGAAUCCGACAUAAAUCAAACUUUAAAAAAAAUCAAGCAGUUAGAAGAUACGAGGGAAGCGCAAAAAAAUGAACUACAGAAGGCGCUAAUAAAAGUUGACAAAAUGAAAUCAGAGACCGGUUGGGAUCUCGAAGCUUUGAAAGCAUGGGAGGAAUCGCUUAAGAAAAGAGACGAGGACAACGAGUUGAUCAAAAAGUUUUCCAGAGAGGACGAGAGAAAAUUUAACGAGCUGGAAGCGAGAAGACAAAAUCUGCAAACAGAAUACGACGCGAAAAACGCGGCGGUUCAGAAUUUGGUUGGUGAACUCCACAGCUGCGAAAUGAUCGUCGAAAGAACAGGUAAGGCAAUAAAGCAACAGUUCGCAGAGCGCGAAUGUCUUAUACGGCAAUGGAAAGACGCGAUCAAAAUGUUGCACCAACGUGACGCAGACAUAUCAGCGGAACAACAGCACGUCACAAACUCUCAGGAACAACUAGAAAAACUCCAAGAACGGCUGGGUGAGGAGAAUGAGUUUUUGCAAAAUGAACAAAAACAUAACCGCGAUAUCCAGUUGGAGAUACAAAAAUUGAACAGUCAAUAUUCACGGGCUAAGCUUCAAUUGGACGACCUUAUUCAAAAGAUUUAUCUGAUCGUCAACGAGACUCACGGGCUCAGACGAGCGGUGACCGGGGCCGCUCGACAUUUAGAACAGACCAGGUUAACGGGGAAAAUGCUUUCCGAGCAAAUUGACCAAAAAGAACGUCUGCGUAUAAAAACCCAGGAAGAACUUACCAAUCUAGAACAAAAACUGCAAGAAAUGAAAGGCACUAACGUCACUUCGGCGGAAAGGAUCACAAAAAUUCAAAACUUAAUUGACGGUCAGGAGAACAGCUGCAAAAUAUUUAUCAGCGAUACCGAAAGAAUCAAUAACAACCUGUACAGGAUGACUCAGGUGUUGACGGAGCAAAAGGACGCCGGAAAAAUUUUGGAAACUAACCUAAAUAACGUUUACUGCAUGUGCGCCAAACUAAAAAAGCACAUUUCUGACGAAAAAAAGUCUCUUGAGAAGAUAAAGGAAGUGGUCUACAACAUGGACUACCGUAUCGACGAAUUUGAGCAAAAGCUUUGCAAAGUGGAAGGAUCGGAUAGAGAGGAACAAGCGGACGAACGACUAAAUAAAAUAAAGGAUUUGGAAACAGUUUUGUCGGAACACGCUGAAGUGCAGCAUACCCUUCAAAACCAAGUCGAUAGAUUGCGGGAGGAGAUGCGCCGACUCUGGAAUUUUUUAACGUCCGAUAAAAAGCAACUCGAAGAGCUGGAGAACAAAGUAGAAAAUUAUCUUUUAGCCUACGACGUAGGUCGAAAACAAAUCGACGCUGCCAAACGCUCGAUACAAGAAAAACAGGUCGAGGAGAGCAUGAUGAGAUUGAGAAUAAAUCACAUCGAAGAUGAAAUGGAGAAGGAGGAUUGCAAGAUUUUCAAUUUGCAAAAAUUGAGGGUGGAUCUGGAUUUGGUCAUGAAGGAACGUCAGAUAGAGAUCGAUACUAGGAAGGCAGUGAUAUUGGCCAAAAAGCGAAACCUGGAAGAUGAGGUUGGAAAACUGAAAACAGAGAUAGGGUUGCGGAAAAUUAAGCUGGACCAGUUGCAGAAGAAGUAUCACAUGGAACUAAUGUCAUUGGGUAAAGACCAAGAAGGGCAAAACCUAUCAAUUACACAUUACAAAAUAAAACACGCGCAGGAAAAGUUCUUUCUGCAACAAGAGGGUGACGAAUUGGACACGAAGAUAAAGAAAGCCGAGCAAGAAAUCAUAGCAAUGGAAAACACUUUGAAAAUAGUAAACCUGACUAACGUUAAAUUCAAAAGUAACCUGAUACAGGUUAAGGAAAACGAUUUGCAAUUAGAAGACAUGAAAUCUUUGGGGUGUCAACUAAAUGACGUCAUGAUUAGGUUGAAGUACGCCAAGGAGGGGUUAGAAGCGAAGCGGUGCGAAGUUAAUGAAAUAAAAGAGAAAUUGGAAGAAAUGCGAGGAAUGAAACUGAGCAAACUGGACGAGCAAUCCCGACUGGAAGAAGAGAAUAUAUUAGUUGAAAAGCAAGAACGGAGUAAAGAGGAAAAAUUGGCGAGAGCCGAGCUGCAAUUAAAAAAAGUCACCAAAAAGAUUGGAAAUCGCGACACUUCCCUCUACGAUCAAGAUCUGGAGAUUCGCCAUCUGAAGGAAGCGAAUAAGACGGUCCAGAAGCAGCUAAUGGAUAUGGCAACAUCACAUCCGGAAAUGGGUCCGCUGAUUAACAAAUACGCCGACGAACAGGACGUCGAUUUAUAUCCGUCGCCAUGUUCUUCGUCACUUUAUACGUCGGUAACAUCGAGCAGCAGUUCAUCCUGUAGCGGCGUUCAGAUGGAAUCAGUGACGAUAAAGAAAGUAAACAUAUCGUGGAAAUAAAGCAAAUAAUUCGCGAAACUUGCCAAACUCCAGUUGCUAUUGGGCAAUUCAGAAUUCGUUUACGGCUUUUUUAUAUCUCCCGGCAUAUGAGUAUUUAUCUGAAAGUUGCUAAAGCCAGAAUAAAAUCGAAACGAUUUCGGUUAAACCCAUAUUCCUUUAUUCUCCCUUCGCCCUUAAUUUGAUAAAGUCAACUUUUGGGAUUAACGUGGAAUUCUUCUUAGACGGAAGUUCAUUAUCCGGGGCGCUAUCUUAAUUUUUAUUUCCGGGCGAGGAAAGUUGAACCAUAAAUUUCAACAAUCGGACUUUUAUGAGCUACUAAAAUUGUACCUACCACUAUCGCGUAAAUAAUAAAGUAAAUAUUUUGUUCCGGUAUAGUGACGUCUGAGCCAAGGCAAACAUAAUUUAUAUUAAAACGUCCAGAGGUACAUGUCCGGUAGGUUAUAGAAAACCGAUGAAAACGUACCUACAUAAAUAUUGGCUUAUGAAGACAUAUGGCGAAUCAAAGAUGUUCUGUAAACAUAUAAUGGAAAAAGUUUAUCAAUAUCUGGAGAAGUCCUGAAUAGUGAAUAA